AUGUCCUUCCAACCUCACCCUCUUCGCCAGUCGCAAACCGUCGACCUCCCGCCCACCAGCGACAUUCUCGACCGGUAUCCCUCCACCACAUCCUCAUCGGCCUCGUCAGCCUUGUCCCACGCCUCGGACCACAGCAUCGUCACCCCCUUCACUUCCGCAUCCACAUCCCCGACCAGUGGCCACGCGCCAAAACCCCCCAAGCUCCACAGACGCGGCCAGAGCGAUGUCCUAGCCAGAGCACGAACCUUCGAAGCAGGGGCAAUGAACGCCUCCGACGGCACGCACGCGAACCUCUACGGCACCGCUCGCAAGUCUCUUCGCCCCCUCCAGCAGGCGCCUGCCUCGUCCCCGCCUCGCGCGUUGGCAACCCCGCCAACCAAUCGUUCCUUGAGACACGAGCGCGGAAAGAGUUUCGAUGUCGCCAAACUCGCCCUCGCCCAGAGCGAUGGGCCUGCAUCGCCCAUUUCGCCCCCUCGCCCCGUCUCUUUGCGGCCCAACUCGAUCGGCCAAUCUCCACAACCUGUCCACACGGCUCACAUCGGACGUCCCGACCUCGAGCUGCUCGGCCGAUCCUCCACGAGAGAGCUGCGCACAUUGUCGCGCCUGGCCCGGUCCGAGUCUGCGGAUGACUUUGCCAUUACCUCGCCCGCCCAGGAGGUCGUGGGUCUACGCGGCCGACGCCGACUGCAGCGCGUCGACAAGCCCAAUGGCGGCCGUGACCCUAGGACGGCUGGCUACGGCUGGGAGGGCCGCAAUUGGAUGGACAAGCAGCGCCAAUUCCUUCAGGCGUAUGAAUAUCUCUGCCACAUAGGAGAAGCCAAGGAAUGGAUCGAGGACAUCAUCAGCAAGUCUCUUCCCCCGAUUGUCGAGCUGGAAGAGGCCCUCCGCGACGGCGUGACGCUUGCAGAGCUUCAGUACCGACACUCGGACAACAUUGCCAUCUUCUUCCGAUAUCUCGACGAGGUGGAACUGCCCGAUCUCUUCCGAUUCGAGCUCAUCGACCUUUACGAGAAGAAAAACAUACCCAAAGUCAUACACUGCAUACACGCGCUUAGUUGGUUGCUGUUCCGCAAGGGCAUCGUCGAUUUCCGUAUAGGCAAUCUCGUCGGUCAGCUGGAGUUUGAGGACCAUGAGCUGGAAGCCAUGCAGAAGGGCCUGGAUAAACUGGGGGCCAACAUGCCAACCUUCGGCAACAUGAGUGCUGAUUUUGGGGUCCCCGAGCCGGAGCCGGAGCCGGAGCCGCAAGAGACGGAGCAGGAGAGGAUCGAUCGCGAGUUGGCCGAGAAUGAGGAGUCUAUCCUCGAAUUGCAGGCCCAGGCCCGCGGUGCAUUGCGGAGAAUGCGCCUCGGCGACACGAUGCAGCGCUUCUGGGACGGCGAGAGGCAGGUAAUCGACCUGCAGGCACGCAUCCGUGGCGACUUUACGCGGCAGAUUAUGAGCUAUCGGCUCCAGAUGCGACGGUCUGCGAUUCUCGUCCAAAGCGCUGUGCGCGGAUUCCUCGUCCGGAAAGGACUGGAGAAGAGCGACGAGUUCUGGAAGAGCCUGGAGCCAGACAUUCUGGAUCUACAGAGCAUGAUCCGAGCAAGAAGGGUCCGGGACGAGCUCCAGGAUAAGAGAUCGCUCCUGGAGGCGUGCAAGGGGCCCGUCCGGGAGAUUCAGGCGAUCUCUCGGGGCUUCUUGGUCCGUCAAAACCGGACCACCCAGCAGCACGAGACUAGGGAGACGUCUGGGUCUGUCCUGAAGCUCCAGGCCCUGACUCGAGGAAUGUUACUGCGGAAUCGCGUCGCCGACGACCUCCGUCUCCUGGAGGACCAGGCUGGUGCCAUUGCUGGCGUGCAGGCUGCCGCGAGGGCUCUGCUGACUAGGACCCAGCUCGGCCGCGAACAGGAGCGGCUGCGCGCAUUUGAUCUGCAAUGGACGGCCUUGCAAGGCUUCGUCCGAGGAAACGCCUCCAGGACCUGCCACGACGCACUGAAGGCGGAGCUACAGCAGCAUGCAGAUGGUGUCGCCCAGCUUCAGGCUUGGCUACGAGCUGCAGCAGUGCGGAGAGAAGUAGCGAUUCAACUGGACGCAUUGAAGGAGAGCACGCAAGAAAUCCUAGCUAUACAGUCUCACGGUCGGGGCCUCCUCGAAAGGCGCAGCGUUUCGGUACUUCGGCAGCAACUGAGCCUCCAUGACGCUCAGAUCAUCGACCUGCAAGGACACGCCCGAGGCUCUCUUCAACGGCAACAUUACCAAAGCCUGGUGGAGGAGCUACACUCUCACGACGACGCAACCGCCGCCUUCCAGGCCAUACUCAAGGCCAUGAUUGUUCGUGCAAGGAUCGAGGAUCUGAUUGCCGAGUUCACGGAAGAAGAGGAGUCAAUCGUCGCUCUCCAGGCCAUCGCUCAGGGGUUCCUCGUCCGCGCCCGCUUCGAAGCAAAGAAGCGAUACUUUGACGAGAACAUGCAGAAAGUGGUCAAGAUUCAGAGUUUUGUGCGCGCCAAGGUCCAAGGCGAGGCGUACAAGAGCCUCACCACCGGCAAGAACCCACCCGUCAACGCAGUCAAGAACUUUGUCCACCUACUCAACGACAGCGACUUUGACUUCAACGAGGAAAUCGAGUUCGAGCGGAUGCGGAAAACAGUGGUUCAACAAGUGCGGCAGAACGAGAUGCUGGAGCAGUACAUCGAUCAGCUCGACAUCAAGAUUGCUCUCUUGGUCAAGAACAAGAUCACCCUCGACGAGGUCGUCCGCCACCAGCACAACUACGGAGGGAACUCGAUGGGUCUCCUGGCCAACUCUAGCAUGUCUUCGGCGAAUCAGUUCGAUCUCAAGGCCCUCAACAAGAGCUCGAGGAAGAAGCUCGAGUCCUACCAGCAGCUCUUCUUUAGCCUGCAGACGCAGCCGCAGUACUUGGCCCGGCUCUUCAAGCGGGUACGCGAGCAGGGAACAGCCGAGAAGGAGUGCAAGAGGAUCGAGCUUCUCAUGAUGAGUCUGUUUGGCUAUGCGCAGAAGCGACGUGAAGAGUACUACUUGCUCAAGUUGAUUGCGAGAUCGAUCCGCGAGGAGAUUGAGGGCGCCGCCAUCCUUCAAGAAUACGUGCGGGGCAACUACUUUUGGACGAAACUGCUGGCCAACUACACACGCUCGCCGCGGGAUCGCAAGUACCUGCGCAGCCUCUUCGGCCCGCUGAUACGAGACAACUUCAUCGAAGAUCCGGACCUGGACCUCGAGAGUGACCCGAUGCAGAUUUACCGAUCUGCAAUCAACAACGAGGAACUACGCACUGGACGACCCGAUCCCCGACCGCUUGACGUGCCUCGCGAUAUCGCCAUCCGAGACCCCGAAACCAGGCGCCUCUUCAUCGACCAUCUGAGGGACCUCCGUGAGAUUUGCGACCAGUUUUUCCUGGCGCUCGAGGAUCUGCUGCAUAAGAUGCCAUACGGUCUUCGGGUCUUGUGCCGGGGAAUGUUCCAGGCCCUGUGCCAGCACUUCAGCAGGGACCCGCAGGAGCACUUGCUGCAGGUGGUGUGCAACUGGCUGUGGAAGUUCUAUCUCCAGCCUGCGCUGUUAUCCCCGGAGCAGGUUGGCGUCAUCGAGAAGACACUGAGCCCCCUGCAGAGGAGGAACCUGAGCGAGGUGGCCAAGGUGAUUGGACAGAUUACCUCGGGACGGCCGUUUGGGGGAGAGAAUAUCUAUCUGCAGCCACUAAACGGCUUCGUGGCUGAUUCGGUUAACCGGAUGCAGCAUAUCACGAGCGAGCUGAUUACGGUGCCAGACGCCGAGAGGACAUUUGACAUUGACGAGUUCAACGACCUUUACGCCAAGAACAAGCCGACGCUGUACAUCAAGAUGACCGACGUCUUCGCCAUCCACAAUCUCGUGGCCGCAGAGCUGCCAGCCAUGUGCCCGAGCCGAGACGAUGUGCUUCGCGAGAUUUUGCAUGACCUAGGCAGCGCCAAGAACAACGAGAACGAGAUGAACGCGGCAGGGUCGUCGGACAUUCACAUGUUCCUGACGCCAAAGCUUCACGACGUCGAAGACCCCGAGGCCGAGGUGAAGGCGCUGUUCAUGGAAACCAAACGAUGCGUCCUGUACAUCAUCCGGGUCCAGACGGGCGCCAACCUUCUCGAGAUCCUGGUGAAGCCCAUCACGGCCGAGGACGAGCAGCGGUGGGAGACGCUGCUGGAAGGCGACUUUGCCGCCGGUAGCCAGACCAAGGGAGCAUACUCGGAUGCCAACAUGGCGGAUAUGACGAGAAUGACAUUCUACGAGCUCAAGCGUACGGCGCUGGAGAACGUGAUGCACCUGGAGCAGAUGGGGCGCAUAUCCAAGCAAAACUUUUACCAGGACGUCCUCAACGCCAUUGCGAGCGACAUUCGGAGCAAGAGCCGGCGGCGGGUGCAGAGGCAAAGGGAGCUCGAGGGCGUACGCCUGACGCUAGGGAACCUGCACGAGAAGGCCAAGUACCUGGAGCAGCAGCGGAAGAGCUAUGACGACUACAUAGAGCAGGCCAUGGCCACGCUGCAGAACAAGAAGGGGAAGAAGCGCUUUCUCCUGCCGUUCACGAAACAGUACAACCACGAGCGCGAGCUGGAGCGAAGCGGCCGGGUGCCCAAGUUUGGCAGCUUCAAGUACAGCGCGCGCGCGCUGUCGGAGAAGGGGGUGCUCGUGUCGUGGAGCGGGCUCAGCAGCGAGCGCGACCUGGACAAGAUCAACCUGACCAUUUCGUGCGACGAGGUGGGCAUCUUCGCGCUCGAGGGCUCUCGAGGCCACAUCCAGAUACCGGGGGCGAGCGCGCUGGUGCCCAUCGAGGACCUGCUGCAGGCACAGUUCGAGUCGCACCAGUUCAUGAAUGUGUUUGAGGGCAACCUCAAGCUCAACGUCAACUUGCUGCUGCACCUGAUUUACAAGAAGUUUUACCGGACGGCUUGA